AUGGAGAAGGACUACGAUGAGCCGGAGUUCGCUCCUAUUACGGGGAAGGUCCCCACUGUUCUAGAAGAACAAGAACAGGAGGCCCUGACGCGGAUCGCUUCUAGUAAGCUCGGCUUGCAAUUGUCUACUACUGCUAGUCAAAGGACAUUACAACCUCAUCUCGAUCCAACCAGCCCACACUUCGAUCACCAGCGAUGGGCGCAGAUGGUCCUGAACCAAGUCAAUGAAUCCGGCAUUGAUAUUCCUCACCAAGGUGUCGUCUUUUCCAAUCUCUCCGUCAGCGGUUCCGGCUCCGCGUUGCAAUAUCAGGAGACCCUCACUUCCAGUCUUCGAGUUCCAUUUCGUGCUGCUGUCCGAAGUUUGACUGGACGCACCGCAGCACCUCGAGAGAUCCUUCACAACUUCGAUGGACUCCUUCAGGGGGGAGAGCUUGUCCUGGUUCUGGGCCGCCCUGGCAGUGGAUGUACGACGUUCCUGAAGACUAUCACUGGUCAUCUCGGAGGACUGUCCUUGGAUCCCAGCAGCACUCUUCACUAUGAAGGUGUCGACUUCGAGCAUAUGAUCAAACACCACCGAGGAGAAGUCGCCUACAACAAAGAAGUCGACCUCCAUUUCCCUCAUUUGACUGUUGGUCAGACCCUCACAUUCGCCGCCCACGCGCGAGCUCCCCAUGAGCGUCCUGGACAGAUGUCUCGCAACGAAUACGUCGAAACUCUCACCCAAGUCGUCCUGUCAGUCUUCGGUCUAUCUCAUACCUUCAACACCAAGGUCGGCAAUGAAUUCGUACGUGGUGUCAGUGGAGGUGAGCGAAAGAGGGUCAGUAUUGCUGAGAUGUUCUUGUCCCGCUGCCGCAUUGGAGCCUGGGAUAACAGCACUCGUGGUCUCGAUGCCGCCUCGGCCUUGAAGUUUGUCAAGUCGUUGCGUCUCUCCGCUGAUAUGGGUAAAUCCUGCCACGCCAUCGCUGCCUACCAAGCCUCGCAGUCCAUGUAUGACCUUUUCGACAAGGUUGCCCUUUUGUACGAGGGAUACCAAAUCUACUACGGACCUAGAGACCGCGCAGUGGCCUACUUCCAAGAGAUGGGUUUCGAGAGACCGGAGCGCCAAGUCAGCGGUGACUACCUGACUGCUAUCACCAACCCAGCUGAGCGUCGCGUAUCUCCAGGAUUUGAGGGCAAGGUUCCCCGAACUGCGAAGGAAUUCGCCCAGCAUUGGAAAAACAGCCCAGAGUAUCAAGAUUUGUUGAAAGAAAUCAAAAUCUAUGAAGGCGAACACCCACCGAAUGGCGGCGACGCAAAGAGGCUUCAGGAUAGCCACAAAGUUCAACAAGCUCGCCACACCCGCGACAGCAGCCCUUACCUUCUUUCUGUUCCCAUGCAGGUGCGCCUUUGCAUGACCAGAGCUUACCAGCGAAUGCUCCAAGAUCUGCCGACGGUCAUGUCUCCAGUCAUUGUCCAAAUCAUUCUGUCUCUCAUUAUUGGUUCCAUCUUCUAUAAUACCCCCGACUCCCCCAGUUACUUCUUCCAAAAAGGAGGAGCGAUGUACUUUGCUGUACUCAUGAACGCCCUUCUUACGAUGAACGAAAUCAUGCAGCUUUAUGCUCAACGUCCUGUCGUCGAAAAACAAGCAGGCUAUGCAUUCGUCCAUCCGUUCACCGAAGCACUUUCUAGUAUUGUGGUCGAUCUACCGAUCAAACUCGUUCGUCUCUCUUUCUUCACGAUUGUACUAUACUUCAUGGUCAACCUUCGCCGUGAACCCGGACCGUUCUUCGUCUUCUAUCUCUUCCUGCUCACUGCUGUCUUGGCUAUGUCUGGUCUUUUCCGCACCAUUGGUGCAUUGACCAAGACAAUCGGACAGGCCAUGUCUUUUGCUGGUAUUCUGGUCUUGUGUAUCGUCGUUUACACUGGAUUCACCCUGCCUCAACCGUACAUGCAUCCAUGGCUUUCUUGGAUUCGCUGGAUCAACCCCAUUUACUACACCUUCGAAUCACUUGUUGCGAACGAGUUCCACGGCAAGAACUUUGAUUGUACCUCUUUCAUCCCAAGCCACCCAACUGGUUUAUCCUUCAUUUGCUCCACUGUCGGUGCGGUUGCCGGUGAGAGAACCGUCUCUGGUGAUAGAUUCAUCAUGGAGAACUACCAAUACCAAUACUCCCACGUCUGGCGCAACUUCGGUAUUCUCGUUGCUUUUGCUAUUGUCCUCAAUUGUACCUAUCUGGUUGCUAGUGAGUACCUCAGCGAUGACAAGUCCAAGGCUGAGGCUUUGGUCUUCCGCCCUGGCCACGCUCCCAAGUAUCUCCAACAAGAGACUACCAUCGAACAUGGAUUGGAUGAAAUCAACAAGCUUGAGUUGCAGCGUACCAGCGACACCAUCCACCUCCCCCAGCAAAAGGAUAUUCUUUCUUGGAACAACCUCAACUAUGAGAUUCCUGUGAAGGAAGGAACCCGAAAACUCUUGGACAACGUCAACGGCUGGGUUAAACCUGGCAGUUUGACUGCCCUCAUGGGUGUUUCUGGAGCUGGAAAGACAACUCUUUUGGAUGUUCUCGCACAGAGAGUCUCGAUCGGUGUGGUCUCUGGUGAUAUCUUCGUCAAUGGAAACCCUCUCGCUGCCAACUUCCCUCGUCGCACUGGUUACGUCCAACAGCAGGAUCUUCACCUUGACUCGACUACCGUGAGAGAGGCUUUGCGCUUCAGUGCCAUGCUUCGCCAGCCCAAGGCUGUGUCUAAGGCUGAGAAGUUCGACUACGUGGAACAGGUCAUCAAGGUACUUGGUAUGGAAGAUUUCGCCGAAGCGGUUGUGGGAAGCUUGGGAGAAGGUCUCAACGUCGAGCAGCGCAAGUUGCUCAGUAUUGGUGUUGAGCUUGCUGCGAAGCCGACCUUGCUCAUCUUCCUCGAUGAGCCUACCAGUGGUCUCGAUUCCCAGAGUUCAUGGACCAUUUGCCAGUUCCUUCGUCGCCUCGCAGACCACGGCCAGGCUGUCCUUGCCACUAUUCACCAGCCCAGUGCCCAGCUCUUCCAGACCUUCGAUCGCUUGCUCUUCCUUGCCAAAGGAGGCAAAACUGUCUACUUUGGUGACAUUGGCGAAGACUCAUCUACCCUCUUAAACUACUUCGAAGGCCAUGGCGCCCGUACCUGUGAACCGCUCGAGAACCCCGCCGAAUACAUUCUCGAAAUGGUCGCUGGUGACGCUUGCCCCGGCGUUGACUGGUCCGAUGCCUGGAACAAGAGCCCUGAGUACGAACAAGUUCAAGCCGAAGUUCACAGAAUUCACAACGGCCACAAGCCCUCUGUCCACGAGCUAUCCCUGGACAAUGAUGAUGCAGAGUUCGCCAUGCCUCUCACCAGCCAACUUUACUACGUCCUCCAACGUGUCUUCCAACAAUACUGGCGUCAGCCAGAAUACGUCUUCUCCAAAUUAGUCCUGGGCACCGUCUCCGGCCUCUUCAUCGGCUUUUCGUUCUGGAAAGCCGACAACACCCAGCAAGGCUUCCAAAACGCUCUCUUCAGUAUUUUCCUUCUCUGUACCAUCUUCAACACACUCGUCAACCAAAUCAUGCCGCGCUUCGUCGCCCAACGCUCUCUCUACGAAGUCCGCGAACGCCCAUCCAGAAUCUAUUCCUGGAAGGUCUUCAUCCUCUCCCAGAUGCUGGUUGAAAUUCCCUUCCAGGUCAUCCUAGGAAUCUGCUCCUGGGCCUCCUUCUACUGGUCCGUCUUCGGCGCCGACCAAGACGCCGAGCGCCGCGGCCUGAUCCUCCUCUACAUCAUUCAAUUCUUUAUCUACGCCGCCAGUAUGGCCCAGCUUGUUAUCUGCGCCAUUCCCGAACCCGCGCUGGCUAGUAUGCUCGCCACCCUCAUGUUCGGUCUCUCAUUCAUCUUCAACGGUGUCAUGCAGCCACCCAGUGACCUCCCCGGCUUCUGGAUCUUCAUGUACCGCGUCUCACCAUUCACCUACUAUAUCAGUGGUAUUGGUAGUACAGCCCUGCACGGCCGCAAGGUCGAAUGUAACGCUGCCGAGAUGAGUGUUCUGAGCCCGCCUUCUGGUCAGACUUGCUUCCAGUACUUGAAUGAAUAUGCCACUGCGGCUGGUGGAUCACUUUCGAACCCCAACGCCACUGAGAACUGCCAGUACUGUUCGAUCUCGUCGGCUGAUCAGUAUCUUGCUGCUCGUGAGAUUUACUGGGGAGAUCGCUGGAGAAACUAUGGUAUCUUCUGGUGCUACUUCAUCUUCAAUAUCUUUGCUGCUAUUUCGCUCUAUUACCUGUUCCGGGUGCGGGGUUCGAAGGCCAAGGUAAAGAAGGCUUGA